CCGAUCCUUUUUGCAUCGUCUCGGCUGUACAGUACCGGUUAGACAGUCCCGCAGUCGCGAAGUGCUGUGAACUCACCUGGCCGAGAGAACUUGUAAACUGCUCGUUUUUCUACGAUCGAGACGCAACUGGUUUCGAGUUCCCUCGCCUCCCGAUGCCUCCUGCGAUCGUGUUCACGUGAGUCUUCUUCUUCGUACGCAGCGGGGAUCCUCGUCUUUCAUCUAAUUAAGGGGCUGCCGAUGAACUUGAAAUGACCGGUGGUGGGACCAAUAUGGCGUACCACGGGCUCAGCCAGCACGUAAAUUUCGAAUUGAUACCAGAUCCCGAUGAUCGUUUCACAUUGGAGGAAUUAAUCGGCGAAGGAACGUACGGGGAAGUUUACUCUGCUCAUUGCAAGGAAACGGGCAGCAAGGUUGCGAUCAAGAUAUUGGAGAACGUUGCUGAUAACAUCGAAGAGAUCGAGGAAGAGUAUCUCGUGCUGAGGGACCUUAGCCUUCAUCCGAACAUUCCCGUUUUCCACGGGAUUUUCCUGAAAAGAGCGAAGCCUGCUCAGGAAGAGGAUCAAUUAUGGUUCGUCAUGGAGCUGUGCACUGGCGGAUCGGUAACCGACCUCGUGCAAGGUCUGAAGAAAAAAGGAAAGCGCUUGACGGACGAUCAGAUAUCGUAUAUUCUCAGGGAAACAGUAGAAGCUUUAAUUUAUUUACACACGAAUCACUGCAUGCACCGUGACGUCAAGGGGCAUAACAUUUUGCUAACCGAUGACGCGCAUGUUAAGUUAGUUGAUUUCGGUGUGUCCUCGCAUCUCACGGAAACGCUCGCGAGGAAGAAUACUUCUGUUGGGACGCCGUAUUGGAUGGCACCUGAGGUGAUAGCCUGCGAACAACAGCUGGAUUCUUCGUACGACUCCCGUUGCGACGUGUGGUCGGUCGGAAUCACUGCCAUCGAAUUAGCGGAGGGCGAUCCACCCCUGUCCGAAUUGCACCCUAUGAGAGCACUGUUUCAAAUCCCUAGAAACCCACCUCCGUCUUUAAAGAACCCAGACGCUCACAUGCCGGAGCUGGUGGACUUCAUCGCGGAAUGUUUGGUCAAAGAUUUGGAGCAUAGGCCGUUCGCUAGCGAAUUAAGGGAGCAUCCGAUAUUGCUGAAUGUGACGGAACGGGAGGACAAGAUCCGCGAAGAACUAAAGGAAGAGAUACGCAGACAGAGAAUGGAGGGAAGGGUUCACAGGCAACCGGAAGUAACGACCAAACAUGGGAAAUUAAAGACUGAUCGAAAAACCAGGCCGGAGAAAAUGUAUAUGGAUGACCUGGCUGCUUUGGACAUGCUGUCUGAGGACGGGAUUGUGGAUCAGUUGGAGCACAGAUACGAACAGGGUCAAAUAUACACUUACAUCGGGGACAUCCUCGUCGCGGUCAACCCGUUCACGAAUUUGGGAUUGUACACUGGGAUCGAGCAAAAGAGGUACAAAGGUCAAGCCAGGUCGGACAAUCCGCCGCAUAUUUUCGCGGUCGCCGAUGCUGCGUAUCAGGCGUUGCUUCAUCAACGUCAAAAUCAAGCGAUCGUGAUCAGCGGAGAGUCCGGUGCAGGAAAAACGGAGAGCGCCAACUUAUUGCUGAAGCAGUUGGUUUACUUGAGCAAAGCUCCCAAUCGCAAUUUGGAAGAGAGGAUCCUCCAGAUUAAUCCAAUAAUGGAGGCAUUCGGUAACGCGACCACGGGGAUCAAUGCUAACUCGUCGAGAUUUGGGAAAUACUUGGACUUAACUAUGACAAAGGGCGGAAAAGUUACCGGUGCCAGAAUAUCUGUGUAUCUGCUGGAGCAGUCUCGAGUAGUUGCUCAGGCCGAAGGCGAACGGAAUUUCCACAUAUUUUACUAUAUGUACGACGGUCUGGAGGCAGACAAUCGUCUGUCGGAGUACUACCUCGACGAAAACAUGAGGAAACAUCAUCGAUACCUCAUGGAUAAUAGUCAGACAUCCCAGACCCACAUCGACAAGUUCCAGCAGUUGAAGAACGGUUUCAAAUUACUGGGAUUCCAAGAUAGCGAAGUAGAUACGGUUUAUCGUAUCCUGGCAGCUGUGCUUCACCUCGGAGAUAUCGAGUUCGGUGAAGUCGCCAGCGAAGAUAAUACCGACAAUAAAAGUCGUGUAAUUGACACUGCGCCAUUGCAGAGAGUCUCGCAGCUACUCGGCGUGGAAGAGACUGAUCUUCUGGAUGCUCUAACUUCGAACUCGGUUAUGACUCGAGGAGAAACAAUCACCCGCAACAAUACGGUAGCCGAGGCCUGUGCAGCGAGAGACGCCAUGGCCAAGGGACUUUACGGCCGAUUGUUCGACUGGAUGGUGAAUCAGAUCAACUGUUUGCUGAGUUUCAAUCAUGCUCCGAAUUACGAGCCGCUGGCCAUCGGUCUCCUGGACAUUUUCGGCUUCGAGAAUUUCCCAAGGAACUCGUUCGAGCAGCUUUGCAUUAACAUCGCGAACGAGCAGAUACAGUAUUACUUCAAUCAGCACAUUUUCACUUGGGAACAGCAGGAAUACAUGGCGGAGGGCAUACCUGUGGAUCUAGUCGAGUUUUCAGACAACAGACCGGUCCUGGACAUGCUGUUGAGCAAGCCUAUGGGACUUCUAGCACUCCUCGACGAGGAAAGCCGAUUCCCCAGAGCCACGAAUAAGUCUCUAAUCGAGAAGUUCCACAACAACAUCAAAUCGAAGUUCUACGUACGACCAAAAUCGGACGCAGUUUGCUUCGCGGUACACCAUUUCGCAGGACGCGUGGUCUACCAAGCGGAAGGAUUCUUGGAAAAGAACAGAAACUUCCUGCCUCCAGAAGUCAUCCAACUGGUCAGGCAGUCUCAGUACGACAUGGUCCGCUUCCUGUUCCAAUGCCCGAUCACGAAGACCGGCAACCUGUACUCGGCGGUUCACGAGACUGAUUCGAGGAAGCUAUCUCCUUCGAACCAGAAUACCAAGGAACGUUAUUCGAGUCGGGGAUUGGCCUCGCAAUCUAGAGCUCAACAAACAGUUGCAACAUACUUCCGCUACUCCCUUAUGGAUCUGCUGCAGAAGAUGGUAUCAGGGUCACCUCAAUUUGUGCGCUGCAUAAAGCCGAAUGAUUCGAGAAGCCCCAGAUUUUUCGAUAAAGACAAGGUGGUGAAGCAGCUGAGGUAUACCGGUGUGCUGGAGACUAUAAGAAUUAGGCAGAACGGCUUUUCACAUAGAAUACCAUUCAGUGAUUUCUUGAAGAGAUACUGUUUCUUGGCAUUCGGUUAUGAUGAACGAGUGAUAGCGAAUCGUGACAAUUGCCGACUUUUCCUUGUUCGUUUGAAAAUGGACGGAUGGGCUCUCGGCCGAACGAAAGUUUUCCUGAAGUAUUACCACGUCGAGUUUCUUUCGAAGAUGUACGAGGAACAACUCAAGAAAAUCAUCAUGGUCCAGGCAUGCGUUCGCCGAUGGCUGGCAAGGAUCAGAUUCAAGAAACAGAAGUGGCAAUUCGCUGUGUCCGUUGUAACUUUGCAACGUCAUAUUCGCGGCUGGUUGUCGCGAAAGCAUUAUAUGGAACAGGUGAAGAAGAAACGACAGGAAGAGGAAGCUAAUAUUCUGCGGGCAGCGCUAGAGGAGCAACAGAAAAAGCUGGCCGAAACCGCGGAGCAAGAGGAACAACAAGAAGAAGAGUCCGAGGAAAAGGAAGACUUGAAGGAAGACGAUGCUGCAGUCAUUAUUCAGAGUCAUUUCAGAGGCUACACUAUUCGCAGACGGUUCGGCGUUGAGCUUGAAGAACGUUUCAAGAGGAUCUUGAAUCACUGCCACGACAAGGUCGAUGCGCAGAAAGCGUUGUUGCGCGAGGGUUUGAAGAACGAGGACGCUGCGUUCAUUGUCCAGCAAUGGUACAAGAAGGAAGAAAGGGUUAAGAAGAGGAGACCAUCUACGAAAGACAAUGUGCACCCUAAACUGCGACAAGCUGAUCUCAUUAACUUCUCACAGAAUGUGCACAUGAAGAACCAGGAUAUACACAAGAAUUUGCGGCGCAAUAAACCAGGCAUUCGAGUACACGACGUCGAAGAACCACCCCCCGACUACGUCCGACCCGAAGGAUUCAACAUGGUGCACGCCAUUUUGCAGUAUCGCAGCGGCAACCAAGAGGAAGGAGAGGAUACUAUCAAGUACUAUCACAACCUGAAGAACGAGAUGAGCAGUGGUUCGGAAUUCGAAGAAGACGAAGCUGGCUGGGACUUACCGUUGAUACAGCUAGAAAAUGACCUUCACCCAUCGUCGAGGAGUCGAAUGGGCCAGAUUUUGGAGGUGAACAGCGAGAGGAGAGAACGCCUGGCAGCUCAAGGCGACUUUUCAAUAACGCCGGAACAACAACUUUCGGAAAUAUGGCACAAAGCUUUGAGAAACCCAGCCGAUCCGACCGAUCAGCAGGAAGAGAAUCAACCCAGGCCGAGUACAAGGAUUAAUUACGUGCCUAACAACAUCGUGCAGUCCCUUGAGGGCAAACCCCGUAAGCAACCUGGAGUCGACUCUUCGAAUAUCAACGAUUCACAUGGCCUACGAUCCAAGUACAUCGACAGACGAAACGAAAUGAACGAACGCCAGCAACCUGUUAACGGGCACCCGUGUAUCGCCAACGGAAGUUCCGCGAAAGGUCAUCAGAACGGAGCCAAUGGACACUCGAGUUAUGCGAACGGACAUCCGAACUUCGGUAACGGUCACCCACACAGGCAUCAGAGCUCCGCGAACGGGCACGAAGCAUCGCUUAACGGCCAUACGAACUCCGUUAACGAGCAUCCACCAUCGAACGGCCAUGUUUUUAAAGCGAACGGCCAUCCGUCUUAUCUGAACGGAUACCGGAAUAUAAUCAACGGCUGCCAGAACGGUUUGUUUAUUAAUAAAAUGGUGGCAAAUCAGUUCGACGGCCCGAAACAGGAAUCGAAGAGGCAGAGUAACGCGUUGAGUAACGGUAUCAAGAACCGUUUGAAGGACUGCGCGAAAGCUGUAGGGAUUGCGAGUCAGAUUGCCGAUCCGGAGAGGAAGCGUCCCGUUGAGACGGAUGCCAGGAACGGGAUGAAUAGAAAGUUGCUCGACCACGAUGUCGUUAGUGGUCGAGCAGGGGCGAAGAAGGAAUUAGGAAAGGAUCCGUACGGCAUUCCUGUCGAUCUUAGGCAACUGUUGAGGCCUACAGUCGUCCAGAAACGGCAGGAAACCAUCAAGGUCGACUACGAUUCGGAAGAUUUGAACGGACCGUAUAACUUUAGGCAGUUGCUGAGACCGGCGGAGUACCUCCCCACCGAGUCUCUCAGGAAGAGAAAAGGAGGGCAAGCGUGCAACGGGGUUCCGGUGUCGAAGGACAAAGUUCCUGAGAAGCAUGUCAAGCGAAGAGCACCAUUGGCGCCCAGUCAAAACAAACCCGUUAACGUGAAGAAGUAACGCUACGCGAUGCCUGAACGUUCGAACUCUCUUAGAUUAGACGAUGUGCGUGCAGUUAGACAAAGGAUUCCGUGGGGAUACGAGGCAGUUGGUCAGCACAGUGAUUCACGAUGCAGGGUUUUUCCGGGAUAUGGUUCAGGAAGUACAGGAUCAUAUUUUCUCGUCGAAAUUCUUCCUUAUCUGCGGAAUAUUUUAUUCGCUAUGGGAUUCUUAGACGUCGCAUUGUUUCCCGAUUUUUCUUAGGAUUACAGUCAAUUCUCCCUAAUUGACGCUCAACUUGUGGAAAGAAAUGGACAAUUUAUUCGAGCC